AUGGCUUCAUACGAGGUUGAACACAAUACAGAAGAUCUCAGCAGCACAACCCCCCAAGCCCGCCCUCGUCGUCCAGAUCUAUCAACCUUCUUCGCAACUCUCUCCGAAAUCACACCCAACCCCUCCGAGGCCCGGACCCGCGAACACGCAGUUCCUGUACCGGGAGAUGUCAGUGCUGCAUUCCGAUCACUCGCCGAAGCUUUCGACUACAUCAGACGGGAACACGAUAUUGGCGAUGCUGGUGCUGGUGCCGGCGCUGGUGGUGAUGGCGAGCAUCAACAUGAUUCAGCUCUGAUAGAUCAGAUGAUAGAGGCAUUGUUACAAGGCGCCGACGCGCCGCCAAGGGAAGUCGAAGGUGUUAGCGAGGAGUUUUGUGCUACCCUCGACCGCGUCCCCCGCUCAUCCCUCAAAGAAUCCCAAUCAUGCCCCAUAUGCAGCAACCCAUUCCUAGACGACCCCUACCCACUCGUCGUCCGUCUCCCUUGCCAUCCUACGCAUCUAUUCGAUUUGGAAUGCCUGACUCCCUGGCUUCGAUUAAGAGGGACAUGUCCACUCGAUCGUACAGAUUUUGGGAAGAAGCAACGUGAGAAAGAUGCGGAAAGAAGAAAACAAGCGGAAAAAAGGAGGGCGGCGUUGGCGGCGCCGGAGCCGAAUGAUGAGGAAGAUGAGGAGUGGGAUGGGAUGUAUGCUUAA